CGUGGAGGCGGGCUCUCAUUAUUAAAUAAAAAGAGACAAUAAGAGAAAGUGGAAUGGCUACCAGUACUGAUCCUCCCAAGUCCCCGACAGAUCCCUCCAGCCUAACAGCUGAAGAAAAGCAUCAUCUGAUCACCAGAAACUUGCAAGAAGUCCUAGGUGAUGAUACAUUACGUAAGAUCCUACCUGAAAGGAACAUCAGUAUAUAUUGGGGUACAGCUACUACUGGUAAACCCCACAUUGCAUAUUUCGUCUGUAUUGCUAAAAUAUCUGAUUUCUUAAAGGCCGGCUGUGCAGUGACGGUACUUUUGGCAGACCUGCACGGUUACCUUGACAACCUGAAGGCUCCGUGGGAACUCCUCGCCCAUCGCGUCAAGUAUUAUGAGUUUAUAAUUAAAAGUAUGUUGGAGUCCAUUGGUGUUCCUCUUGAGAAGUUAAAGUUUGUACGUGGAACUGACUACCAACUGAGCAGGGAGUACACUCUUGAUGUUUAUAAGAUGACGUCAGUCGUAUCACAACAUGAUGCUAAGAAGGCUGGGGCUGAAGUUGUGAAACAAGUCAAAUUCCCAUUAUUGAGUGGACUACUCUAUCCUGGACUACAGGCUCUUGAUGAAGAGUAUUUGAAGGUUGACGCUCAAUUCGGAGGAGAAGAUCAGAGGAAAAUAUUUACAUUUGCAGAGAAAUACCUCCCUAGAUUACGUUACAAGAAACGUAUCCACUUCAUGAAUCCA